CGGCGUUAACGAGGUACCGAAGUUCGACAGCGACGCAAUAUAAUACGCAAAUAUGUAGAGAUCUUGUGAAAGCCGUCGAUGGUGCCGACGGAGGAGGAGGCCGAUGGACGGAGGGAAAGGGCCAGGGGCCAGGUCCUGAAGGGAGGGGCUGCCAGCGGACGAUGGUUUGUCUGGGGGCGCAGCUUUUUGUGGCAGAAGGGGUGGAGUGAAGAGCUAUGGCGAAGGUCAGCAGCAGCAGCAGCAGCCAACAACAGCAGUUGCAGCAAAAGCGAGGCCAGGCUCGGGGUUUGGCCUGGGGUGAGUGCUCGCAAGCGGAAGUGGACGGGAGGGGAAGCAGACGGGAACAGACAGAAUAACGCAGAAGGUAGAGUCACGCGUGCCAUAUCCCCACUGUGUCGAUGCCCGAGCAAAACCGACUCGGCGAGAUGAGCGAUCGUCUCGCUUCGUGUUUGCUGUUGACCGUGUGGCACAGCUACGAACAUGCCUCUCCUUGGCUGCCCCUGACGCGGUUCAGAUCACUGUGCCUCUCGAGAAACUCUCGCUCUGCCCGCCUUUGUCCUUCUCUCUGAUCCUCUGUCAGUUGCUCGGAGCUGCCUUCGUCUCCUUCUCACUCUCGCUCGCCCGCCCUCCGCUCUUUCCACCCCGCCUUACAUGACCGGGCCUUCCUCCUCGGGACUUCGAGCUCGUAGAUCACUCCACUUCGCAUGCUCUGCAAGAGUUUCCGCGUUACAGCCUCUCACGUGGAGCAACUGCGCGAGUGGAUCCGAAGCUUCACCGAGGACACUUGUGGACCGAAAGCGGCCAAUUUCGCAGCGUUGUGGUGAUGCUUAAUGAACGAGUAGUGCCGGAGGACUAGUAGAAGGAAGGAGAAGGUGGGAGGGUAGUUCUGUAAUCGAGAUUCCUCUGCAAGAAGUUGAGAGGAGGCAAUGGUCUUCUCUAGUUCCAAUCAAUCCACAAAUUUCAUGGACUUGUGAUGAUCUGUAUGCAGCGGUCCAUUCUGGCAAUCAAAUUGCGUUGAUCGCGCCAAGUGCAGCUACUUCGGAUUGUCAGCUUCAAAGACCUGAAACAUACACAAUUCGUACCUUGUGACAUGAAUGACCCGGUCCUUGGCUUUUAGAGAUUUUCUCGUAGUGUCCGCCUCUUGGUCUCCCUUUUCUUAUUUCUGCAGUACUUUCAAGGCACAUUGUCUCCAGCUGCUGUGCCGGCUCGAUCUCCUCACUGUUGUGUUCACGCUGUGACACAGUCGCGCACAGGGGGAAAUGCUUAGUCUACCUAGAAUGCGCUGGAUUUGAUUAUCCAGCCAUGGGAGCGUUCGCAAAGAGGAAGAAGGUAGCACCGAUUCUUUACAUACUGGUGUUGGCAGUCUAUCACACCUGUUUUGAUCUGUCAGCGGUACAAGCCGUUCAUGUACGUGAUACGUCGAAGUCUGCCGAGCACUUCGCAACUUUCUCGUCAGAGGCGAUUCAAGAUAGGAUUCCGCUCUCAGAGCUCCCUCUCUUGCAUCGUCAUUUAGGAGGAAACCCUGGGACAAGUAAGAAUGGGUUCGACUUUACUUACCGACAUAGACAUGCAGGUUCGAAGAUAGGAGGACAACUGAAACAAAGAUCUGGCAGCCAGGCGGAGAGCCAAUCGCACGAUGAAGUUCUCACAGGAGAAUUGGUACACCUGGGAGAGUUUUCAGCGACUGAUGGAUCAAGAAGUAGUUCUAGUGGGGUUUCUAGUGGCGAUGUCAGGUCUAGAGAAGUUUCCCUUGUUAGUGUUCAAUCUGUAGAUAGAAUUGCUUCAGGCCAUACAAUUCCGGGCAGUAGUGGCGAGUUUUGGAAGCCAACAGAGGAGUCAGGGGAGAAGGCGAGUAGUACAGCGGAAGCAGGUAAAUCGGUUUCAAAGCCUGUGUUGAAGGGAAUUGGAAGCUCGGCAACAACCAAGAGAGUUACACUGGAGAAUGACGAUACUCUUUACAAAAUGUCUCCAGUCGACGUCGAAGCCAAAGCAAGCGUAGAUGAGCAUCAAUCGUGGACCUCUGUGCAGGAAAUUUUGGAUGGAACGACCCAUCCAGGUUCAGCUAAUGUGAAACAUUUGGAGGCACUAAAGGACAGGGAAAUUGAGACGCUGAUGGUGCGGCGAUUCACGAAGAGACAAAUGCUAGAAGAGCGUUUGCCUCAUUUUCAGUAUGCCUCACUAUUUCCUCAUUCUGAACAGCAAUCUUCCUCGACAGAUGAUGCAUUGACGGUUGUGGGAGAACACUUCCGAAGGCUUGAAGCUGAUAGUCAGUUCUUGAUGUCGAAAGCUGCGUUUGGACCAGCAUCCUUCGUCAGUCCUUCCCCUUCACCUAGCGAUGGUCCUGAGUCAGGACUUACGCCGUCCUCCGGGUCGUUAUCGUCGGCUGUAUUGGCCGUGGCGAUUGCCGUCCCAAUUACAGCUGGGAUCACUGCAAUGAUUGCUCUCUGUUGCUUUCUAAUUUACAGGAGGUCUCGCAUGAACAAGGCCAUCGGCUCUGAAGAGGGCAGUGGGAGGCUUGGAAAGGAGAAGGAUGAUCGACCAUUGUUGAACACAGCCUGGCUUUCGAAGUGGGGGGACAGUAAGAAGGACUCGACCGUUUUCUCUGUGGACGCUAUUCCUUCCAGUACGGACUCGCAAUUUCAAAGCCGAUUUUCAGAUUCUGGGAAGGCCUCUCAUAAGCAAGAAGGUCCGAAGGCGAGCUAUCUAGAUGGAAGCAAAGGAGGACACAUACACUCAUCGUCGUCGCAUUCCUCGCCAUCUGAUACACCCGAGGAUGAAAUAGAGAAUGGAUUUCUCCAUCCUGAAAAGUCAUCUCUUACUUCAGAUGAACCAGAUUCACCCAAAACUCUUCAUCACCUUGUUACACCUCCUCUCCCGCAAACUCCACCUCCACCUCCAGUUUCAGCACCACCACCACCACCACCACCACCUCCUCCUCCUCCUCCUCCUCCUCCUCCUCCCCCACCACCACCACCUCCCCCUCCUAGGCAUGGAGCACCCCCAGCACCUCCUCCCCCACCAGGAAUGGGAGGUCGAAAAGGCGGAGCUCCUCCUCCUCCCCCACCUGGAAAAGCUCCGCCGCCUCCACCAGGUGGACUGUCUCCCCUUCGUUUACCGCAUGGAGGUUUCAAGCCUUCCUCUUCCAAACCCGUUUCUCGUGUUAAUUCGUUACGAAGAGAAGCAGGAGUUGGAAGCGAGGACGGGGACAAUAAGAAGUUGAAACCAUUGCAUUGGGACAAAGUCAAACCUAACAAUGAACACUCAAUGGUUUGGGACAAUCUGCUAAAUGGAUCCUUCGAGCUGGAUUCUUUGACAGUGGAGACUCUCUUUCAGUAUUUGCCAUCAGCUCAGCCGAAGAACAAACUGGGCCGAAAGACUCCAGACAAAGAUAUACCAAUGACAAUUAUCGACCCAAGAAAAGCGCAUAUAAUCGCUAUACAGCUUCGGGGUCUUGCAAUCUCUACCGAUGAAGUCUGUGAAGCUUUACUUGAAGGUGACGAAGACUUGAGCACUGAGGUUCUGGAGUCAUUGUCAAACAUGACUCUCACGGAAGAUGAAGAGAAGAAAUUACGUGCUUUCAAGGGGGAUCGGAGACAGUUAGGGAUUGCUGAACGAUUUCUGGCUGCUAUAUUAGAUAUUCCCUCAUCAUUUCAGCGUAUCAACACCAUGCUUUUUCGUGCUACGUUUAAGGACGACCUUCUUCAACUCGAGGAAGCUAUUACAGUCUUGGAGAUGGCAUGCAAAGAGUUGAGAGGUAGUCGGACGUUCGUCAAACUGUUGGAGGCAGUCUUGAAGACAGGAAACCGUUUGAAUAUGGGCACAUACAGGGGUGAUGCACAAGCAUUCAAACUUGAAACUCUACUUAGAUUGGCCGAUAUCAAAGGUACAGAUCAGAAAACUUCUUUGCUGCAGUUUGUGAUCCAAGAGAUUAUUCGAGCAGAAGGUGCCCGUGCAACUCGAGCUAUGAAUGAAGAUACGCCUCGAAGUAGCAGUCCUACGAGCCCCAGCUCCACUGCUUCUACGCCCAGCGGUGUUACUCCAACCGCGGGUAUCUGCGCAGCUCUUUACGCGGGGCAAAGUUAUGGAAGAGACUCUAAACCAAAGGAGCUGAGCUCUAAACAUCUUGGAUUGCAAGUAGUGAUGAGUCUGAGCACGGAGCUAACGAAUGUGAAGAGGGCGGCAGGGCUUGACAUUGACGCACUUUCUAGUUCCAUGAACAAACUAUCCAAUGGUUUGAAGACUUGCAGAGCCAGCCUACGCAAAUAUUUUAAGAGCACAGAAGGAGGUCUUCUGGCCUUGGGUGGUGGUAGUAUGAAAGAUAACAUUGAGCUUUCCAACGACGUCUUCAACGACUCUAUGAUGUCUUUUGUUCGAAGGGCUGAGACUGAUGUGGCUCGAGUGCAGCAAGAUCUCUCCUCGGUGUUGGAAAGUGUUAACGGCGUGAGUAUCUACUUUUAUGGUGAUGUUAGGAAGGAUGAUCCUCCCCUGAGAGUUUUCCAAGUCGUAAAAGACUUUCUGGUUAUUUUAGACAAAGCUGUCAAAGAUGUUGCAGAUAAGGUAGUAAAGCCGGCCCCAUAUUCUGCAGCACGUGGGUAAGUCAGCACUGUUGCUCUCAGAUGCGUUUUGACCUGUAGGGCCACCUCCAGGAGCAGAGGCUGUGGGCACUGAAGUUUCCAUGUGGCACGAGGUUUAGGAACCCUGGUUUUUACUCACCAGAGAGAGGUAAGACGGCAGCCUCGUCACUUCAAUUUGGAGCUGUAAGUUGACAAUUCUGGUACCGGUGUCCGGGGAUGAAAGGAGAUAUGACAGAUCCGUGAUUGGAGAUGUUCACGCGUGCAUUCACUGGACCAGACGUAACUGGCUAGGUGGGGUUGGUGUUCAACUUACGCAGGAGGGAGCACCAGCCUAGCUCCACAUUAUAACACUUUCCCCUUACUACACAUUUUGAUCAAUUCUCGCGGUAAAGACCACUAACCUGAAGAUCUAUCGCUGUCAAUUUUGCAGCAUUAUGCUGCCUGUAUAAAUUGUAAUCUAAUUUUCUCAUUCAUUUAGGGAUCCGGACCAGUAAUAAAAAAAAUAGACAUAGCGUGAAGAG